AUGGCCCCGUCCCGGCUGCAGCUCGGCCUCCGCGCCGCCUACUCUGGCUUUAGCUCCGUGGCUGGCUUCUCCAUCUUCCUCGUAUGGACCAUCGUCUACAGACAGCCGUGGACCGCGGCCAUGGGGGGACUUGCAGGUGUUCUUGCACUCUGGGUCCUGAUGACGCACGUGAUGUACAUGCAGGAUUACUGGAGAACCUGGCUCAAAGGGCUGCGCGGCUUCUUCUUCGUGGGCGUCCUCUUCUCAGCUGUCUCCAUUGCCACCUUUUGUACCUUCCUUGUGCUGGCCAUCACCCGGCACCAGAGCCUCACAGACCCCAACAGCUACUACCUCUCCUGUGUCUGGAGCUUCAUUUCCUUCAAGUGGGCCUUCCUGCUCAGCCUCUACGCACACCGCUACCGGGCCGACUUUGCCGACAUCAGUAUCCUCAGCGAUUUCUGA